AUGGAAGGUGUAAAUGCAGAAGCGUUCAUGAAUUUUCUAAAUCAGCUCACAACAUUUCAAGCGAGCAUUAGCAAGAAGAGUACCAAACCGAAUCAGGAUCCAGAGAGCAUCUAUUAUCUUCAUCCCUCUGAGAGCACUGGUAUUCCUCUUACUACUGUUAUUCUCGAUGGUAAAAACUAUGGUGAUUGGAGUAGAUUUGUGCUGUGGGGACUGAAAGGGAAGAACAAGAUGAAAUUUAUUGAUGGUAGUUUGCCUAAGCCUAAUAAGGAUGAUGAAACCUUUGAGGCAUGGGCUAGGUGUAACACUUACGUCGUAGCUUGGAUAAAUCUUUCCCUUAGUCCAGACAUAGCUAGAAGUGUUGUUUGGAACAAUGUGGCCAGCAAUCUGUGGAAUGAGUUGAAGCACCGAUACUAUCAAGGAGACAGAUUUAGGGUGGCAGAGUUUCAAGAAGAGUUGUUUGCCAUCAAACAAAGGGACCUAGAUGUGACGGCGUAUUUCACAAAGUUGAAAUCCAUUUGGGAAGAUCUUGAUAGUUUUAGAGCUAUACCCGAUUGUGAAUGUUCAAACAAGUGUAAUUGUGGCUUAAGUGUGAUGCGACAAUAUCGAGUAGAGGAUCAUGUAACACGAUUCUUGAGAGGGCUAAAUGAGUAA